AUGCCUGCUCAAGAACCAGAAACCAUAACGGAAGAGGAACGUGAAACGACCGUGAUCGCUCCAGUUAAUAAUAAUAACGAGGAUGACGAACACCGACCACGAUUAUGUCACAUUAGAAAAUGGCAUGAUUUCCAAGGUUACGGAUUUAACCUUCACGCCGAGAAAAAUAAACCUGGCCAGUAUAUCGGGAAAGUUGACGACGAUUCUCCAGCCGAAUCAGCAGGGUUAAAAGAAAAUGAUCGAAUUAUCGAAGUUAAUGGCGAUAAUGUCGAACAAGAACAACAUCAAAAUGUCAUCGGCAAGAUCAAAUCUGGUGGAGAAGAAACAAAAUUAUUGGUUGUCGACCCAAAAACAGAUGCUAUUUUGCCGUCAGAGCCUGCUCCGGUUCAUGUCAGUGACGAAACAGAUGGCCGUCCGGCUGGUAUGUCUGCUAAAGAAUAUUUAGAAUCAUUGAAAAAGAAGAAAAGAGCCGACCCCCGCAAUCAGAGGAUGGACUUCAAACAAAAACAUGAUUUAUUCCAAAAAAUGUGAUUUCAUUAUUCUGUAUGAACUAACAAUAUUCUGUACAACAUUACAUUCAACAGUCUCUUAGAGAAAAUACGUUCAGAAAAAUUGGCAUUGUAGGGCACUGGUUUGAAUCUAAGAGAAGUACAAUUAAGGGAAUUGAGGAGUUUUUUUUGGAAGAGAGGGUUGGUUUAAUAAUGAUCACUCCUACAAAACAGCAAAUGUUGUAAUCUUGUAUUCAGAUUUAAAUCUGCUUUGACUGGCUAAAUUCCCAACAUCAAAAACCCUCCAGUGUGAAAAAAACAUCAACUAACAGAGUCUCUGCUCAAAAAACUUGAUGCCAAUUUUUCUGAUGCUAUUUUCUCUGUGAAACUGUAUAAUUUUACCAAUUAAUAAAUGCAUAACUUUAUUUUUCUUUUUCUAUGAAUUAUUUCAUUUUUUAAUUUUUCCAAUCAAUUUUUUUUUUCAUGAUGUAAUUAUGUUUUUUAUUAUAUGAAUUAAUAAUUUGCCCUGACGAGGUCGACAUGACCUUGACAUUUUCUGCUGAUUUUGUAGUCUUGAUAUUAUUAUCUAUCCUAUAAUAUGCGAUAUUUUUGCUCUUUUUGGCUCGAGACCAUAUUUUGUUAUAACGCUCAAGUGUAUUGUAAUUUUUUUCUCAAUUUUUGAUUUUCUAUAUAUUUAUAAGAUAAAUACUAUAUCUACAAAUUAAGUGCUUGACAUAAAUAAUAAGAUUUUUUAUAGAAAUGUUAUAUUGAAAUAGUUUAUUGUCUAAAAAUUCUACGCAGGCUUUCAAUUGUUUUAUUGGCAAAAUCCGCCUAAAUUAUUUUCUAAUUGUAUUUUAACUACAAUAUACAGCUCAAUUUUGGCUGGAUUUGCCUUUGAAUAUCUUGUAUAGCUUUUAUUUAUUGAAUUUGAAUAAUGCUUUGAUGAAAUUUGAUUGGCCAUUGGUUCAACCAAUCAAAUGUCUUGAUUGAUAUUUGAAUAAUGCCUUUGAUGAAAUUUGAUUGACCAUUUAAUAUUGGUUCAACCAAUCAAAUGUCUUGAUUGAUGUUUGAAUAAUGCUUUGAUGAAAUUUGAUUGGCCUCCACCAAUGAAAUCUAUUGAUUGAUAUUUAAAUAAUGCCUUUGAUUGAUUUGAUGAUCUGAUUGGUUGGUUUAAAUGUAUUAACCAAUCAGAUUUAUUGAUUAAAAUUUAAAUUUAGAAAAUUAAUUGUAUAUAUAUAUAUUGUAGCAACAAUAUAAUAUGAAGUAGAAUGAUGCUUUUUUUUUUCACAUUUUGCACACGUCACCAUGUUUGCCUGAAAAUAGUUACAGAACAAUGCCUAGAUGGAAGUAUUUCGGUAUGAAUUUAACUUAGGCCUAUAGAUAGUAGAAGAGCCAGAGAAAGGAUUGACUUCAUUAAAGGGAUACUGUCUUCUAGAUAUUUGCUUGGAUAUCUCCUCCACUCUCUGAUAGUUUAGCAAUGUUUGAAGUCUGCGUUAUCAGGAAGUGAAUGUUAACUUGUCAUAUACCAACCAAUCAGCGAUGUAUAGGAUGAAGUCUAAUGUCUCAUUUGUAAUCUCCUUGGCUUUGAUAGUUGUAAAAUUCAGCUGCUCGUAGCAAUGUUCAAGUCUUAACUGGAAGGGGAUGUUAACUUGUCAUCUACCAACCAAUCAGUGAUGUAUAGGUUGAAUAUCUAAAGUCUCAUUGGUAAUUCUGAAAUAUGUUACAUACGGCUGAAUUUCAAUACCAUCAACUUUAAAAGGAAUAUUUAGAGUUUAGCAUCCCUAUAAUUAAACAAUCCUCAUUAAUUAUGCCCCACCCCUAUUUUUUUAAUAAUUAUUUUCACUUGAUAGUAUUAGAUAUUUCCUGAUCCUGGGUUUUUUUUAUAUUUUUGCUGAGAUUUCAGUUUUACUUGGAUGGAUUAUUGCCCUUGCUUUAUGUUGCUCACUGAACACCAUGCCAUAUUUGUCAAAAGAACAUGUUUUCAAGGCACUUUGUGUUAUUUUGGUACUUAAAUAUUUAAUUGAGCUUUACACAUUAUAAUGGCUUGAACUUUGACAUUCCCUUAUAAGGACAUCAAGAAUGUAUAUAUUUAUCUUACGGUUUAACUUGUCUAAUAAGACCAUUUGGCUUUUAUACUGAGUUAACUGUAAUACUACAUUUGUCCUAUUGCAGGGUUGUACUGUACAUGUUUGUUGUAAAAUUAAAUGAAUUGUUUGGCUUUUACUGUUAAAAAAAGAAGUUUUUCUAUGGUUUUUCUGUAGGCACAAGGAGUCUUCACUUAUCUGAAAAAUGAUAGAAAAUCUGCCUUUUCUUGAAAUUAUUUGCUUUUCUUGAUGUGAAUGUAAAUAGCUAAUGUGAACUAGAAGAAAUUCAGAAAUUUUUAAAACCUUAACAUAAAACUUAUUUCUUAUAACAGUUCAAAAUUCGAAUUAUUUAUAGUAACAUAUUUAAAAUUAAUCGUCCAAUGAAAUCGCUCGGAUUGCUCACUGUAUAUUUAAUUACCCAUAAUUCCAGGAUUGAAUAUAUAUACAUAUAUAAUAUCAUAUAUUUUGUUACAAAAUAAAAAACUAAAAUU